UCAAUAUAUGAAAUACGAUGCUUAAUCCUCGUCUUUGAUUCCUUUGAAAAAAAAGAAAAAAUAGAAACUAAAGAGAAUGUCUCUUAAGAUAAUCAUCAUCAUGAUAAAAAUAUAUCAUAUUCCGCUUACCACAUUUCUAUUUCUAUGGCUAUUAGCUUCUUCUACGUCGGCUGAUAACAUCAGUAUUGGAGCUUCAUCCUCGAGUAGCAACUAUACCGGUAGCUUCUCGAAAAUGUAUGCUUUUGGAGGAUCAAGUACAGACACCGGAAAUGCCAACUCAAUGGGAACACUUAAAGAUAAUGUCGGUGGUUCUUCAUCACAUGAGGAUCCAAAGUCAUAUACCAAAGGGAGAUUAACUAAUGGCCGCCUCGUAGUUGACCACCUAAGCGACUCUCUUGGCAUACAUUCUCCUCUUCCAUAUCAAAGUGUUACAAGUGCUUCAUCAUCUAAAAGUAGUGGGAGUGCUUCAUUUUCUAGCAGCAGCAAUUCAUUUUCUUCAAGUAGUAACUCUUUUAAUUCAUCUUCAAAUAAUGAUGUUAGUAACUCAUCAUCAUCAAAGAGUGAUAAAAGUGGGAAAAAUACUUCGUCAACCAAGAGCGGCAUAAGGGAUUCACCAUCGCCAUCGUCAAGGACCAAUAUAGAUGCUUCAUCAUCGAAUAAUGUCAACAUGGAUGCUUCCUCAUCAUCAACGAGUAAUGCCAAUUCAUCAUCAUCAAAGAAAGACACAAAUAAUUCAUCUUCAUCACAAUCAAAGAGUAACACAAAUAAUUCACUAAAGGGAAAUACAAACGCAUCUUCGUCAAAGAGUCACAAAGGCGAUUUAUCGUCAGAGAGCAAUGCCAAGGAUUUAUCAUCAACAAACAACAAAGGUGUUAGUUCAUCUUCAAAAAGUAAUAUAGAUGAAUCAUCAUCAAAGAGUGACACAUAUCCUUCACCGUCACAAAAAAACAAGAAUACUUCGUCAUCAAAAAGUAACAUAGAUAGUGCCUCUUCAACAAGGGAAAGAGAUAGUUCAUCUUCAAGAGGUGAAACAAAUUAUUCAUCGUCGAAGGAGAACAAAGAUUAUUCCUCAUUGGAGAAUGACACAAAUGAAUUAUCAUCAAAGAAAAACAAAGGUUCUUCAUCAUCAAAGAGGGAAAAAGACGAUUCUUUUUCAAAGAAUAAAAAAGACAAUUCGUCGUUGAAGAGCAACAAAGAUACUUCUUCUUCAAAGAGAAAUGAAGAAGAUUCGUCAUCGAAUAACAACAAAAAUUCUUCAUCAUCAAAGAGUAGCGCAAAUGCUUCAUCAUCUAAGAGAAAUAAAGACUCUUCAUCAUCAAAUACUGAUAAAGAUGGAUCGUCACCAAAGAGUAAUAAUGACACUUCAUCCUCAAAGGGAGAAACCGAUUCAUCAUCAUCAAAAAGUAAAAAAAAUAAGAAUACAAACUUGACCUCAUCAAAAAGUGGUUCAGACUCAUCAUCGUCCGAUAAAAACAAAGGUACAUCAUCAAAGAGUGACAAAAGUGAUUCGUCCUCUAAGAGUAAAAAAGAAUCUUCAUCUUCAAAUACUGAUAUAGAUGGUUCUUCAUCAAAGAGUAAUACAGGCUCAUCGUCAAAGAGAGAAACGAAAUCAUCAUCAUCAAAAAGUAAAACAGGUAAGAAUACAGACUUGAAAUCAUCAAAAAGUGAUACAGACUCGUCAUCAUCGCAAAGCAAUAAAGAUAAUUCAUCAUCAAAGAGUGACAAAAGUGAUUCAUCAUUACAAAGCGAUAAAGAUAAUUCAUCACCAAAGAGCAUAAAAUCAAGAAUCAACAAAGGAACCUCAUCAUCAAAGGACAACAAAGGCACUACAUCGUCAAAGAGUAUAAAAGACACUUCAUCUUCAGAGAGUGACACAGAUUCUUCAACAUCGACGACUAAUAAAAAUACAUCAUCAUCAAAGAGUGACAAGGAUGCUUCCUCAUCAGUGGGUAAUGAAGACACAAAAUUAUCAAAGAGCAACAAUGACACGUCAUUAAGUACAAACAUACAUGAUUCUUCUUCAAAGAGUAGGGAAGCCACCACUUCAUCCUCAAAGAGUGAUAAUAAUUCUUCAAAGAUCAAUGAUGAAGCCUCGUUGAAGAAAAACAACAGUGCUUCAUUCUCCAAGACUAAUACAGAUGCUUCAUCCACAAAAAGCAAUUCAGAUGUUUCAUCCAAAAUGAGCAAUACAGAUGCUUCAUCCUCAAAAGAAAAUACAGAUGUUUCAACCUCUAGUAAUCACACAGAUGGUUCAUCCUCAAAGAGUAAUACUGAUGUUUCGUCUGCCAACAACAAUAUGGAUGCUUCAUCAUCAAAUACCAAUGCAAAUUCUUCAUCUUCAAACAUUAAUGUAGAUGAUUCAUCUUCAAAGAGCAAUGCAGAGGCUUCAUCUUCAAAUACUAAUGCAGACACUUCAUCUUCAAAGAGCGAUAAAACAUCUUCGAAGAAUAGUGCAAAUGAUUCAUCUACAAAGAGUAAUAAUGAUGCUUCAUCCUUAAAGAGUAAUACAGCUGAUUCAUCUUCAGAAAGCAAUGUAGAUAUUUCAUCAUCAAAGAGCAAUGCAAAUGAUUCACUUUCGAAGAUCAAUGCUGAAAAUUCAUCUUCAAAGAAAAACACAAGUGAUUCAUCCUCAAAGAGCAAUACAAAUUAUUUAUCCUCAAACAACAAUGCAAAUGAUUCAUCCUCAAGUAAUAUUACAGAUGCCUCUUCCUCAAAGAGCUAUUUAAAUGCUUCAUUUCCGAAAAGCAAUACCAGUUCUUCAUCAUCAACUAGUAAUGAACAUGAUGCAUCCUCAAACAACCACUCAAAUGAUUCACAGACAAAAAGUAAUACAGACGACUCAACAUCAAAAGAUGGUAAGGUGAAUCAUCAUCAAAAGAUGCUUCAUUAUCAAAGAACAAAAUGGAUGAUUCAUCAUCAAAUCAAAACAGCGGUAUUUCAUGGUCAAGUAGCAAUGCAGAUUCUUCAUGGUCAAGUAGCAGUAGUUCCUCGUGGUCAAACAACAUUGGAGGAGAUACAACAUCAAAUGGAGAAACAAGUUCUUCGAUCUCAAAUAACAAUAAUGAUGGCUUAAAUUCUUCAACAUCCAAUAAUAUUAAUGGCCAAGCAGAUGGAGCAUUCAACAAUACUACUAUUUCAAAUUCAGAGUCUGGAAUGAACUUUGCUAUUGCUGGAUCAACAUCUCUUUCUAGAGAGUAUUAUGCCUCCCAAAAAGCACAUUCAUUUAUUUGGCAAAGCAUUCCCCUUACUUUCCAAGCACAAAUAGACUGGUUCAACAAAUUCUUGCAAUCAAAGGGGUGUAAUAAUGCAGCCGAUGCACAUUGUAAAUCUGAGAUUGAGAAUGCACUUUUUUGGUUGGGUGCAGUAGGUGUUUCUGACUACUUCCGGAUUAGUGACCAAUCUGUGGCUUCUAUGCAUGGAAUAUCACAAUUAUGCAUUCUUCACACCUCAAAACUUAUGCAGUGCAGACCGUGCUGGACGCAGGUGCAAAACACAUAGUUGUACAAGGUUUACCACCCGUAGGUUGCUUUCCCGUCAGCAUAUCAUUAUGCCCAACUCACCUACUGGAUAAGAUGGGAUGUUCUACUAUCGUAAAUACAGCAAUAGACGUCCAUAAUAGGCUACUCCAAAAGAUGAUAGAGAAGUUUCGUAAACAAUAUCCUCAAAGCAAGAUCAUUUAUGCAAAUUACUGGAAAGCUUUUUUAACAAUAUAUAGUGACCCUCAAAAGUAUAAUUUUGACGAGACAAGAAAAGCUUGUUGUGGAGCUGGAGGAGAUCUUAACUUUGAUAAAGACAAGUUAUGUGGCACAUCUGAUGCAACUACUUGCUCCAAUCCUGAUAAAUAUAUAAGUUGGGAUGGCAUUCACCUCUCUGGAGCCAUGAACAAACAACUAGCCGAUCUUUUGCUCCACCAAGACUAUUGUGAACCUCCAUUUUCAGAGCUAAUUAGUAAGAGAAGUAGCUGAAUGCGGCAACAAAGGAUGUAGUAUAUUAUAUUGUCUAUUAUCGCCCCAGAUGUGUCUCAUCGUGUGAGCGAGCACAUAAUAGAAAAACAUUAUUUAAAUAGCUAGUUUUUGAAAAAGUAGCAUGAAGAAUGGAAAUGAUCCUUGUACAUAUUAAAAAGCAUAUGAUAACUAAUUUGCAUUUUUAAUCAUUCUUCCCUCGUGGAUGGUGUACUGUAAUUAAGGUGUCUUUUUAAAGCACUAGUAUAGUACUCGUGC